GCCGUUCCAAGAAGUUAGACAAGUUUUUGCAGACAGACAACGUCGACGGUAUAUCUAUAUGCAGAAACCGUGCCAAUGUGUUAGUGGUACGAGUGGGAAAGGUAACCAGUCACAUGGCAAACAUGGUGAGGGUUGAUCUGCUCUAAUUUGGAAGGAGAGAUGUACCCAGUCAGUACCACUCUGCAUCAGGAACGCACAUCCAUGGUUAACAGUUAACAGGGCAGAAGAGGACAGUGACAUUCGCUCCGCCAUGGCACGACAGAAAAAGGACCCAACAAAAAGGCCCCAAGAAAACGAAUCAAACGACGAUCCCAGCCAGGCGGGCCCGGAUUCACCUCAACAGACAAACAGCGAUGACCUACCUGUGAACAAAGUACCCCAGGCCGCUCCUGGAGAUACUCUGGCCAACAAGAUAGUUGAACUCAUGUUUUCUAAGAUGAAAACCACCGCCGAAGUCUGCCAAGACUCUAAACCGCACAAGGCACAGCCACAGGCAAACGGCCAGGCUGAAACGAGUGCAGCUUCAACAACGUCUUCCAGCUCCAGAGCGACCACAGAGGAGGCUAUUCUCGAUCUCAGCGUCAAAACCAAAACGUCGACGUCUUCCACGGGUGAGGAGGUUCGGGUGAAAGUCGAGGAGGAGGAGGAAGAAGAUUCUGAGGUGUUUGACGACGUGGGCGCGCUGGACCUCUCCAUGAAGAGAAAAAGCAGCACGAUUCAGCAACAAGACGCGAAGAGACGGCGACGGUCCAGCGACAACAAUUCCGGCGGCACGUACCCCACGCCGCCUUGCACACCCAAGAAUACUAGUAACACCAGCCCCAACUUCGUGUUUUCGCCGGUACCAAACGGCCACCCCUUGCCGACGAGGGUUGUACCGAACCCGGCGAUGCAGACUGCUCACCACGCGCUCGGCGCCACGGUGGUGGCCGCCCUCAUGGGGCAAAACUCCACCGCAGGCCACCCUGCAACCCUCCCCGCCUCUCUCCACCAGAUCCCCGCGAACAGAGACACAGCAGGGAUGAACUUGACCGCUAAGCCCGUCACGGUCGCGGCAGCAGCGGGGCAUCAUCCCCCGCCGAUGAUAGUCACCCCGCACCACGGACAGCCGACUCUGCUGCGGUUCCCGUACGCCGCCCUCCCGCCUGGAACCUUCGUCGCGCCGGCCGGGCUCCCCGGCGGCGGCCCCCGGCUCAUCUCCCCGCAUCUUCUCGCCACCUUGCGACCCCCUCUCGUGGUCAACCGGGGCCACCUGACCAUCCCGCACCCUCCGAGUAGCAGCAUCGACGCCAAACCCGCCGGCCACGGCCACCACUCGCCGCCGUCCGCAGACGUCCUGAAGGCGCCCCACCUGCUGAAGUACAUGGCCGCUGGACAGACCAGUCCGCAGGCCAUGUCACCGCCCGACAGGAAGAGCCCCAACAGCCAGGAAAACCACCACCACGUGGUCCGAGCAGGCAACGCGCCUCUGGUCUUCACCUGCAAGACGUGCGGCAUCCCCUUCCCGACGGUCAGGAAGCUGGCGGGUCACAUGAAGAUCCACAACAACGACAAGCUGUACUACUCCAUCACUGUGGAGGAGAACGGUCAAGACAGCACAAUCUACGUCUGUCAGACCUGCGGGACCCAGUUCACCAUCUACGAGAACCUGAUCUCCCACAUGCAGCAUCACGGAGGGGAGGACAUGUACUCCUUCUACAUCUGCGAGGUGUGUAACGCGCGGUUCACGCAGGCGUCUGACCUGAAGAUCCACUCUCGGAUCCACAUCCGGGACAAGCCGUUCACCUGCGACAUCUGUAAGAACAAGUUCACCCACCUGCAGUCCCUCAAGACGCACCAGCGGAUACACACGGGGGAGAAACCAUACCAGUGCAAGGUUUGCCAGGCGCGUUUUACCCAGCUGGGUCACCUGAAGGCACAUUCCCGCAUCCAUACCGGGGAGAAACCGUACCAGUGCGGGACGUGUGGAGCCAAGUUCAGCCAGCUAGGCACACUCAAGGUCCACAUGCGGAUCCAUACCGGGGAGAAGCCGUACCAGUGUAAGACGUGCGACGCCCGCUUCACGCACCUCCGCUCGCUCAAACUGCACACGCUGCGCUCGCACAUGGAGGAGCUGACUCAAGCCGAGCAGGACCAACUCAAGCAGGACACCGGCACGGUCAGCAGCGCCACACAGCGGGAGUCGCCGGAACCGCAGGCCGCUGCAAGUGCCGCCGUCUCUGCCUCUGGUGAUGAGUAAAAAACAAACAAACAAACAAACAAACAUAAACAGUCAUUUAUCAUGAUUUUAGGAAUGGUUGUAUCAUAUUGAGGAUCCUUGUUAUAUCAAACUGACAAUCUCUUGGAAAAUGUCACUUGGAAAAAAGAAUGUGUCCCUGAAAAUUCUGAUCUUGAAAAGAUACUGGGUAACAAUAUAACAAUAACUAGA